GAGAGUAAAAAAAUCAAAAUGGCGCUGCCCAGACCAGGGAGGCCGGCGGGUGUCCUGUCGUCUGUGACUCUGCAGCUGCUGCUCCAUGUGACAGCCGCCUAUUUUGUCUUCUACUUCCUCUUCACUCUCGGGUUAAUCAUCAAAAAGAGCUUGGUGCUGUCUUAUCCUUCCGAUGCUCUGGUGUGUGACAUCUUUCUGCUCUUCCUGCUGGCUGCUCUGGAGUUUCUCCAUUUCUACAGUGGUGUGAAGGGCAACCUGACAGAGAGCGAGACCUAUGUUUUUGGCAACCUCCUUUUGACGGGGGCAACCAUCCUGCUGACGGUCUACUUCCUAGUGUGGCAGAGCUACGUGAUGAGGGCGGAUGUAAUCAUCAGCAGCGUCUCACUCGGUCUCUAUGGUUUAGACGGAGUCUUGGCUUUCAGCACUUUAACCAGAUUUGCCAGGUUUGUUUCACUUUCAUGA